GCACUCCCUGGGAGCGCGCGCAGCACCGCGAUCCGAUGCCCGCUGUGUCCUCUGGACACAGUGAAACACCGAUCGUCGGACGGGAUCCCGAUCAUGUGAACACUGAUUGGCCAAUCAGUGAUCACAUGCAAAGUAAUAAGCAAGAUGUCACUUGUGACAUCAUUGCUUACUACGUGUGAAAUCUGUGAAUGAUCACAGAGGUCACAUGGUACAAGGCUACUCACAACAGCCUUGUACCAUGUGACAAGCUGUGACCAAUCACAGCUCACACAGUA